AAGUUUUCUUGCAAAAUCCCAGGAAGCAGAUCCUUGUUGGAUUCUUGCAAACUCCGUAUGCUACUCCCCUAGAACUCUCAACUCACAAGUGAGCCACUUCAUUUCUAUUUUACCAGCAAUGGCAUCUGGUUUGCAGUCAACGACUUUCUUCUUCUCCCUUAUCACAUUGAUUCUUAUCCCAGUCACACGCGCCUUUCCUUUCAUUGUAUUGCACGGCAUUGGUGAUAAAUGCACUAACGGAGGAAUCUCUGAAUUCACUGAGGUUUUAAGCAAGUGGUCUAAUUCUCAAGGCUACUGUGUUGAAAUUGGAGAUGGAUCUUGGGAUUCAUGGACAAUGCCCCUCUCUGAACAGACAUCAACUGUUUGUGAGAAGGUAGUAAAACCAUUUGGUAACGUUUAUUACUUUGUUGUAUUAUGGUUGAAGUUUGAAUUUUUUUUCCCGAAUGGAUCUUCAUUCCAUCUUACAGGUGAAAAAAUGAGUGAACUUAGCAAGGGUUGCAGCAUAGUUGGACUCUCUCAGGGUAAUUUGAUUGGUCAAGGGGUUAUUGAAUUUUGUGAUGGAGGGCUCUCUCCAACUAAUUCUACGAAGAAACUCUGUAUUCGUCUUCAAUAUGAAGCAGUCAAUUCAAUCAAAUCCACUAGCAUACCUAAGCUAUAUUGGGCCAUCAACUGGGAUGACUGCUUGCUCGUGGACUCAGCUCUCCUGAUGGGUCAUUCGCUCCUCGUGCUCCUCACGAGGAUCCGUAGAGGAAACGACAGAGUCUCCAAUAUGUUUCUUCAAAAGACUUACAUGAAAGACAUGAUGCAACCUCGAUGUCUCAGAUUCCUUCCAAAACUCAACAACGAAAUUGAUGGUUUGAGAAAUUCUACUUACAAGGAGCGGUUUGCCAGUUUGCAGAAUCUGGUUCUUGUAAAGUGCUGUCGUGCUAAUCUCUUCAAUGUUUGGACUAGUUUGAGGAUGAUACCGAAGGAAACAGCCUGGUUUGGUUAUUAUCCUGACGUGGCCUUUAAUCCUGUAUUGACUGUACAAGAGACCAAGCUCUAUAAGGAAGACUGGAUUGGUUUGAAAACCUUAGAUGAAGCUGGAAAAGUUAAAUUCGUAAAUGUGUUGGGUAAUGAUCUACAGAUCCCAAGAAGCGACAUGAAGAAGUACAUGGUACCAUAUUUGGCGGACCAAACAGCUGCACCAACAGGGCACGCAUUGACAGAAUCUUCAUCUUAUGAAUGGAUUUCAAGAGUUGGGUACUUUUUUAAGGAUCUAAUUGGCUUGAACGAGAAUCAACCUUUGCUGCAUACCAUGUACUAAAACCCAAGUGUGACACUCUUUGAAUAAGAUGAAGUAAAAUACAGUCCACGUUAUUUUUGGUU